CGCCGCUGGGUGUCUCGGUCGUAGUGGACGACAGAAUCCGCCAACCAUCGUCAGAUGCGCUGAGGUCCGCACGGGAGGUACUAGAUGAGGGGCGCGACUGCGGGGAUAAGGCAAGGAGCGGCGCGAAGCGCCGCUGCCAAUGCGUGUAUCGUUGCAGGCAGCCUCCCUGACCAAAAUUCAGCGAAACCACGUCAAAUGCGCCGAGGUUCGCGCCUUGAGUUCACGUCGAGCGCUUCGACGCUCUCAUCUCAUACAGUAUUACGCCUCUACCUCCUCCCUAGCCUUCUUGAGGCCUUCUCGUCGCGUUCACGGUCGAUAUCCACGCACCUCCCACGGAUUGCGAUGCUCAUCUCCCCAAGGACGACCUCGAGCAUGCUCGGAAGCAAUAGAUCUUCGUCCGGCGAGCAAGGGAUUCCCAUCGCCCCCCUCGCCUUUGCCUAUCCCGUUCUUUCCAUUGCGCCUUCCACCCCCCUUAGGCGAUGAGUAUACGUAUCGCCGUCCGCCGAGCGAGGAUCCUUUUCCUUUUCCUUCUCCUUCGCCCCCGCCCUCCGCUCUCGACUGCGCGACGCUCCUCGUGCUGACCCUUGCGACCCUUUUCGAGCUCGCCGCGCCUCACGCCACCCCCUCCAUUCUCAUUUCCACCGACUUCAACACUCCACGAGGGCUCGGAGCCGACGCUCACGUGAGUGGUUCGACUUGUGGAACUUGCUCGUUGUCGACGUUCAGCAGAGACUCGUAGCCAUUGAACGUCGCCGACGUCGAGGGGAUAUCCUCCGCGCUCCCCCUCGCACCCUUUCCAACGCCGCGCGGCCACUUAGGCGUUGAGUAUAUAGAUUUUCGUCCGCCAA